AUGGAGAGAGAGCGUGAAGUGAAGGUAUCAAAAUUCAAGAGGAUUUGUGUGUUUUGUGGGAGUAGCCAAGGCAAGAAGAUUAGUUACCAAGAAGCUGCUAUUGAGCUUGGCAAAGAAUUGGUUUCUAGGAACAUUGAUUUGGUCUAUGGAGGAGGCAGCAUAGGGCUUAUGGGUUUAGUCUCACAAGCAGUUCAUGAUGGUGGUCGGCAUGUUAUUGGGGUUAUUCCCAAGACGCUCAUGCCUCGAGAGUUAACUGGUGAAACUGUAGGGGAAGUGAAGGCAGUUGCAGAUAUGCACCAAAGGAAAGCUGAAAUGGCUAGGCAUUCUGAUGCUUUUAUUGCCUUACCAGGUGGUUAUGGAACUCUAGAGGAAUUACUUGAAGUGAUAACCUGGGCUCAACUUGGUAUUCAUGAUAAGCCGGUAGGCUUGCUGAAUGUGGAUGGGUACUACAAUUCGUUACUGUCAUUCAUUGACAAAGCUGUAGAGGAAGGCUUCAUUAGUCCAAAUGCUCGCCACAUAAUUAUAUCUGCACCGACAGCACAGGAGCUGGUCAAGAAAUUGGAGGAGUAUGUUCCUAGCCACGAAAGAGUUGCGUCGAAACUGAACUGGGAGAUGGAGCAGCUUGGCUACGCCCAAAAUUAUGAUAUAUCCAGGACCCAACAAGAGGAAAAGUUUACUCCGGCUCUUGCGUCGAGAUAUGAUAUGCAAUGUGUGAGCGGAAAUGUGACGUGUUGUGUUCUGCAUCAGAAAAAAGAAAGGACAGAAUGA